AUGUCUGAUUAGCAAAUAGAUAAACAAAGAGAAGAAGCUCACUUUAAUGAAAAUGAGUCUUCUGAUUCUAACUUUGACCAUAUAGAAGAUAAUGAAUAGGAUGAAUAAAAAAAUGAAAUUAAUUUAAAUUUAGAUGAUGAAGAAAGAAAAAUUUUACGUAAGCAUUCUUAAGAAUUAUCAGCGGAAAAGAAAUUAUCAUUAUUACGUAAAAGGAAAAUAUGCGGUCUUUUAGAAGGAUGUGAUUCUGUAGAUAAUUAUUAAAAAUUAAAUAAAAUUCAUGAAGGUGUUUAUGGUGUUGUAUAUAGAGCUGUCGAUAAAUUAACUGGAGAAAUUAUAGCUAUUAAAAAAACCAAAAUAGAUCGCAAAAAAGAAAAGGAAGGAUUUCCUAUCACUUCAAUCAGAGAAUUUAACAUUCUAAUGGCUCUUAGACAUGAAAAUAUAGUAGCUGUAAAAAGAGUUGUGAUGGGUACAGAUCUAGAUUCUAUAUAUAUGAUUAUGGAGUACAUGGAGCAUGAGUUGAAGGAUGUUAUUGAGAAUCAUCAUGAUGAAUUUUAGGAACCAUAAAUUAAAAGUCUUGUCUAGUAGCUACUUUUAGGAAUGGAUUUUUUAUAAAAAAAGAAGAUUAUGCAUAGAGAUUUAAAAACUUCAAAUAUUUUGUAUAAUAAUAAGGGGUAAUUAAAAAUUUGUGAUUUUGGUUUAGGUAGAAGAUGGCAAGGUAAUAAGCCUUACACCUUAAAUGUAGUUACUAUGUGGUAUCGUGCACCUGAAGUAUUACUAGGCUAAGAUAAGUAUACAACUGCUCUAGAUAUGUGGAGUGUGGGUUGCAUUUUUGGUGAACUAAUAACUAAAGAUUAGCUAUUUAAAGGAAAAAAUGAAACAAACUAAAUUGAGUGUAUAUUCAAUGCCAUGGGAGGUCCCACAGAGCGUUCAUGGCCUGGCUGGACUGAGUUCAAACAUUCUAAGCUUUUUAAAGAUAGAAAUUACCCAUCAGAAUGUACCUUGAAUGAAAAAAUAGGGAAUAGAAUAUCAUAAACAGGUUACAAAUUAUUGUGCUAAAUGCUUACUUUAAACCCUAAAGAGCGUAUUACUGCUACAAAAGCACUUCAAGAUCCUUGGUUUAAAGAAGAACCUCUUCCUGCAAAACUAGAAGAUAUGCCUAAAUUCAAACCAUUAAAUGAAAUAUCGAGAGAAGAAAGAAAAAAGUUAAAAUUAAAUAAUUAGCAAGCUUAACAGUAGGCUUAACAAUCUCCAAUUAAAGAGUGA